UGUUAAGAACUCUCGUGCUGUUCAGUUGUAUUUGUAUUAUCGUAUCGUACAUAGUGUCAUCUCGUGGAUUAAAUAAAAAAUAUAAAGCUGUUUUUGUUUUGUAGGGGAGGAAAGUGUAGGUUUAGAAAACACGUGUGUUUUUGGUUUGGCAGAUUUUUUACUGGGCACCCGUAGGUAUCUGCCAUGCCCGGGUGGGGGAUGGCGCCAUGGCGGCACUUCUCUUCGGACACCGUGACUUGCCUGCGGAAAAAUGCCGCCCGCGGCCGAGGUUUUGAACCGGCGUUGGUGCGCGUCGCAACCGACGCCUUAGUCCGCUCGGCCACUCCGUCCCCCGCUCAACAUUGGCAAUGGAGAUGACGUAUUCCUGGAUAAUAUAUUCAUGUUUGAUUUUUGGAUCCGGCAUUUUGUGUGACAGAAAACUCGAGAGCCGACAAGCUGUAUCACCUUCAUUCGUAAAUACCAAAAGGAAGUUUAACUGUCCAAAUGGAGUGUCUAUCGAAAUGUCGAUGGUUUGUAAUGGUGUUAAGGAUUGUUCAGAUGGUUCAGACGAGACCAAAGUGUUGUGUGUUGGAAAAGAUUAUAGAACAAUUAAUAUGAAAACGAAUUGCGGAAAAGUAUAUGUAGACCAAAGUAUGAUCCUUAAUGGUCAAAGAGCAUCUGUUGGAACGGCCCCUUGGAAUGCUGGAAUAUAUAGAUUAUCUGAAAGCGAUUCCAAAUAUGAGAUGAUUUGUGGGGGAUCAAUUAUUUCUUCAAAUUUAGUCAUUUCGGCGGCACGUUGUUUUUGGGAAAGUAAAAAGUCAUCUAAAAGAAUAAUAAAAGACGAUGGUAAGUACAAAAUUGCUGUUGGAAAAUAUGAUAGAAACAUUACAAUUCUUGACAAUAUAUAUACUCAAAUAAUGACGGUGGACAGUAUUUACCUGAAGGAAACUUUUUAUGGAGUCAGUGGGUUUUAUGCUGAAGAUGUAGCUAUUGUUGUGAUAAAAAACCGAAUUUCUUUUAAUUAUUAUGUUUUACCAAUUUGUAUCGAUUGGAAUGAAAAAUACAAUCAAGUCAAUGGAGAUCGAGGAAAGGUUGUUGGUUGGGGAUGUCCGAAUACCGGCAGUAUAAGUCCUGUUUUAUUAGAAUUAUCUUUACCGUACAUCGACUAUCAUACUUGCCGGAAAAUGUACACAAACGGAUUUGAAGCUUAUAUGACUUCUGAUAAGUUUUGUGCCGGUUCUGCGUUGGGUCCAGGAAGAGGAGUGGAAGUGGGAUAUGCUGGUGCGGGCUUAGGCUUUUUACACGAUAAUGCUUACUAUUUAACUGGAAUAACAAAUGUCAAGGAUACAGAAUCAAAUAAUUCAAUCGGACUUUUUACGAGAGUUAAUUACCACGUACAAUGGAUUCGUGAACUGUAUGACAAGCAUAACUCCUUAAAUUAGAUUAUGGUAAUGCUAUUAAAAUAAUUUAUUCUAUUUGUAAAUUUAAAACAAUAUGUGCAUAAAUAGGUUUUUACUUAUAUAGCUAUGUGAAAUAAUUUUUAACAGUUCAUAGUUCAUACAAUAUUAAUUGUUUGUUUAAAUUAAACCUAAUACGUUUGUCAUAGUUAUUAGUAAUAUUAUUAGUACCUAUUACUAGCAUUAUAUAAUAUUAUAUACCUAAUUGACGCAUUAAAUUCGAAAAGUUUUAGCAUAUUAAACUAAUUUUGCAUUUUAGAUUAAUUGGGUAAUGAUGAUUAUCAUAACUAGGUAUUGUACUUUGUAUUUGAAAUAACUACUAAUUUAGUAAUUUUAUUACUUUUAUCAAUUUUAUUAUUUGUAAAUAACAACUUCUGUUUCAAAACUAACAUAUUUUAAGUAUCAUAUAUUUUCUUUAAUUAUAUUUUUUUAACAAUUAAUCUUUAUACAAGCCACAUGUUAAAAAAAUAAGGUGAUUUUAUGAGUAUAGUGCCAUUAUAGUGGUAACAUAAGUAAAAUGGUUAGAUGGUAAGAAGUAGUAGACAAUGGUGUUAUAACCUAUAGGACAU